AGUUGAAAAGUCCUCCAUUUUCCAGCACCCUCCACUCCUAGAGAGCAUACAUUCCCACUAUUUUUCUCAUCCUACACUACUAAACAGACAAUACAACUUGAUUUGAAUUCUAGUACUGAAAAAUGUGUUCAAGAGUAGCAAUACUCAUGCUAGGCCUCUUGGCCAUGGUUCUUCUUAUCUCCUCAGAGGUGGCUGCUAGGAACUUAGCUGCUGAAGUUGAUAAAGAGAAAAAUAGAUUGGGUGAUGCCAAGUAUGGUGGUGGAGGCUACCCUGGAUAUGGCCACAAUGGAGGAGGAGGAUCCCCCGGCUCUCAUCAUGGUGGUAGCCGAUACCCCGGUCACGGAGGAGGAGGGUAUUGCCGAUACGGUUGCUGCGGCAGCGGAUACGGCGGAAGGUGCAGAAGGUGUUGCUCUUAUGCUGGUGAACAUACCCUUAGAAGCCAAGGGAACCAAGACUUGUUCAAAGCAUACUCUACUCAUGAGCAUGCAUUUUAAUAAGUAACUAGUAAU